AUGCCCUCCCGCCGAGCAGCCUCCGACUGGGACGGCACCCUCUCCGCCAUCCUCACCAGGCUCCGCUUCCCGGUGACCCUGACGAUCGUCCAGUUCGCCUUCGUCGCCCUCUGCUCCGGCCUCUGUCUCGCCCUCCGCCACCACCCCCUCCCCGCACACCGCAACCACCAUGGCACCACCCUCCUCGGACACACCCUCGCCAUCAGGAUCCCCAACAGGGCCACCAUCAGAGGCACCUGCAUCAUGAGCCUCUUCUCCAUCGCUGGCCACGUCUGCAGCUCCAUGGCCAUCUCCAGAGUCCCCGUCAGCACCGUCCACACCAUCAAGGCACUCUCCCCGCUGUUCACAGUGAUCGCAUAUGCAGGCCUGUUCGGAGUCCGAUACGGAUUCAACACAUACUUCUCCCUCCUCCCACUAACGCUCGGGGUCAUGCUCGCAUGCUCCUUCGACAUGCGCGCCAACGGCGUCGGCUUCCUCUGUGCACUCGGCUCCACGGUCAUCUUCGUCUCCCAGAACAUCUUUGGCAAGAAGCUCCUGCCCAAGGAGAGCAGCAGCACCACCACCCCCAGCGGCGAGAAGGGCCACAAGCGCCAGUCGUCCGUCUCCGGGGCCGCCCAGAUGGACAAGCUCAACCUGCUCUUCUACUCCUCGGCGAUCGCCUUCCUGAUGAUGAUCCCCAUCUGGCUCUACACCGACCUGGGCGCGCUGUGGACCCGGAGCAGGACGCCGGCGGACUCGUCGGACGGAGGAAUCGGCCUGCUGGGCUACUUCGUCUUCAACGGCACCGUCCACUUCGCCCAGUGCAUCCUGGCCUUCUCCAUCCUCUCGCGCACCUCGCCCGUCACCUACUCGAUCGCCUCGCUCAUCAAGAGGGUCGCCGUGAUCUGCAUCGCCAUCGUCUGGUUCGGCCAGCCCGUCUCGGCCGUCCAGGCCCUCGGCAUGCUGCUCACCUUCGCCGGCCUGUUCAUCUACAACCGCGCCAAGGCCGAGAUCGACCGGGGCGAGGCCCGGCGCGGGAUCAUCGAGCGCAGGAUCGACGUCCUCCUCCCCUCCACCCAGCACGACCUCGAGCUGCUCCCGGAGGAGGCCGAGCUGAAGACCAGCAGCCAAGAAUCACACCCUCCUCCCCCAUCCUCCGUCCAGCUCUCACACUCCCACUCCCUCCAACACCUCAACUCCUCCUCCACCGGCCGAGCCACCCACCCCUCCUCCACCACCACCACCACCACCCGCCAACGCGCACCCAGCAUCCCCACCCCCGUCUCCUUCAUCGCCCCCUCCGACCAUCCGCCCCCCCAUCCCCACCACCAUUCCUCUCCCCAACAAACACAGCAGCAUCACCACCAAUCUCCAGAGAAACAGCCGCUCACCCAGCCCUUCUCCAGCCCCCACCACCAGCACCACCUCCCUCUCACCCACCCCAACCCCCGCCCAUCGCUCAAAGCCGCCCUCCAAGAACCCAACCCGCUCCUCCGCCCCAUCGUCAACGUCCGCUAA